GGCAAGAUUCUGGCUCUGUAAACACUUGUAGGAAGGCUGGAGGGUCAAGAAUCUGAGGGAGUUUCCAUCUGGGUCCCAGUCCAAAAUGCCUGGGGCCAGAAGAGUUUCCAGCAGUAUUUAAAGAGCUUCUUUCCAAGGGGACUGAAGUUCCCCAAGUUACUCACAUGUUCUGAGCAUCUUCCUCCUGGUUUCUGCUUCCCUAGAAAAUCCACCCUGAACUCGCAGGACCUUUUCCUUUGUCUAAACCCACGGGGCUGCUGAACACAUGAGAGCACUGAAACCUGACCUGGGGCAAAACCUGCCCCGUGUGACACUGAAUAACCUGCUCCUGUCUGCUCUCCCUUCUCUCCCAGCCCCUUUUGAUGCAGAGCCCAUCUCUUCUGUUCCCAACUGCUGUCCCUCCUGGCAGUUUUCCAACUGCCUGUCCUGUGAGGAAAGCCCCAGCUACUUGGAGCAGCUGAUAGAUUCCUGCCUGCAGUCGGAUGCGCCCUCGGAGCCAGCCUGCAGCGCUUUCCAGCCAUCACACUACACCCCAGACACCUUCCAGCCGGUCCCUCUCUGCUUUAACCAGGGCCUGGCUGCCAGCCCUCCCAGCUCAGCUGACCUGCCCAGCCCACUGAACUACAGCUGCUCCCCUGCCCAGCUCUCUCCUCUGACCCCGCUGACCCCCAGCCCUCCCCCUGCUCUGGACACCAGGACCUACGGCUGCCCCGGGGAGGAGUGGCCCUGCCUUGCCCCCUGCCCCUUCCCCAGCCCUGCCUGCUGCUGCACAGCCUGUGGCUCCCAGCCCUGGGACAGCAGGGUCCCCCAGUGCUUCCCCUGCCCCAGCACGGACUGCCUGGACUACCUGCCCCCCCUGGCCAUGGCCGAGGACUUCUUCAGGAGGGACAGGAGCUGGGACAUCUGCUACAGCUAAUGGGGGCUGUGGUUUUGCACACCCACUCCCCCCAGAGCAGCUUCAUUGCCCAUGAACUAUGCAAAGUCGUGCUGCCUGACACAGCCCGGGCUGUUCUGCACUACUCACACGUUUUUGUACACCGUGCUGGCACUACAUUAAUCCUCCUUGAUGUUGUGGUGGUGGUGGUGGUCUGCUGGGGUUGUUUUUCCCCCCCUCCUGUCUGUUUUUGUUGAUGUUGUUGUUUUUUAAAGAGAUCCAAAGCUGCCUUAUCCGACACGUCGUCACGCCGGCUCUUUUUGAUACCAAUAAAUGAUUUUGUGCACCUGCUGAA